AUGAAUUCAUUUGACACGAUUCAAGAUCAUACUACGAAGAAUGUCAUAGGAUACUUCAUUUUGCGAAAUAAAAAAUUGAAGGAGGGUAUCCUGUUUCCAGGAGUUACUGGCUCCGUACACGCAUCUACUGCGCGUGAGCGGCAAACAACUGCGCGUCAAGAUCGCCCUCGCCUUCAACUACUGGCUGCGUGUGCGCGACGACAAGCUCCGGCACAUCGUCGACACUGUCAACAUGCUGCACAACGGCACCUUGCUGUAAGUUCAGUUUCCAGGAGCUACUGGCUCCGUACACGCAUCUACUGCGCGUGCGCGGCAAACAACUGCGCGUCAAGAUCGCCCUCGUCUUCAACUACUGGCUGCGUGUGCGCGACGACAAGCUGCGGCACAUCGUCGACACUGUCAACAUGCUGCACAACGGCACCUUGCUGUAAGUUCAGUUUCCAGGAGCUACUGGCUCCGUACACGCAUCUACUGCGCGUGAGCGGCAAACAACUGCGCGUCAAGAUCGCCCUCGCCUUCAACUACUGGCUGCGUGUGCGCGACGACAAGCUGCGGCACAUCGUCGACACUGUCAACAUGCUGCACAACGGCACCUUGCUGGUUGAUGAUAUUCAAGACAACUCCAGAGUGCGGCGCGGUCUGCCGUCAGCGCACUGCGUGUUCGGAGUGCCGCUCACUGUCAACACGUCGUUCCAUGUCACGUUCCUCGUUCUGCAGCGAGUGCUGGAGAUGGGUCCUAAGGCGACAGAAAUAUUCACCAACGACUUCCUUGAAGUAGUUCGUGGCCAGGGGAUUGAUAUUUACUGGCGUGACAACUAUAUCUGUCCGACGGAAGAGGAAUACAAAGAUAUGCUCAAGCAGAAAACGGGCCACAUGUUCUCGUUAGCAGUACGCCUGUGCCAACAGUUCAGCCAAUACGAGCACGACUUGAGCAAGCUGGCGCUUCACAUGGGGCUCUACUUCCAGAUCAGGGACGACUACUGCAACCUGACGCAGCAGGAGGCUCUAGAAGAGUGGCCGGGAUCCGAAGAUAAACAGGCACGAAAAGACGCCAGUUUUUGCGAAGACAUUACGGAGGGAAAGUUCAGUUUGCCUGUCAUACAUGCGAUGAAUUCGCCGGAAAAAGGGGAGAUUUUGAAUAUUCUUAGGCAAAGGACCCACGAUGUCGAGUUGAAGAAGUAUUGCGUGUCUCUGUUGGAAAAAGCGGGGAGUUUGACGUACACACGCGACAUGCUGGUAGACCUGGACCGAACUGCCAGAGCUGAGGUGGCUCGUCUUGGCGGUAACCCUGACAUGGAGGCGGUGCUUGAUGAACUUAUGUCUUGGAAACAAUAAGACAAUAAACAUGAAAAUAGGAAUAUAUAAUAGGAAUAAAUAUCUUUAAGGGCACCAAAGUCUUUUUCAUGAAAGAAGUCCCCCAGACGCGGUGCUAAUGUCUUACUCAUCAUUUAGUAAUGGCGGUCUUAUUGUCACUUGUGUAAGGCGCUGUAAAUUUUAGUCCAGGUUUUAACCGCGGGACUUCUUUCAUGAAAAGGACUCUACUCUACUACACUAAAGCCUAACUCGAUGUGGAAUGUUUAUCAACAAACAAAUUAAAAAUGAAAGUCGAAAACAGAUGCCAUUUCAUAUCCAGUUUAUUUAUCAUUAUGUAUUGAUAUUUUAUAAAAAGUUAUUCAAAAGAUAUUAACCAUUCGCUGCCCGCGAGUAUUUUAUCGGUGAGCCCGUCUGCGUUGAAGAAGCCGACAGUUAGGGAAUGCGGUUUUAAUCUACCGUUGUAAGCCAUUUAAAAAAUCUUUAUAUUCCUCUAUCGCGCGGAGCAUGAUACUGUACUCGCCUAUUGCCCUUAGUUUACUUUAUAUUUUUUUACAUGUCACGUAACGGAUACGAUCGACCGGUCGUCCAUUUAGGAGUCAAAUGGUAUCAGAUAUCUAUCUAAUAAUAAGUGUUCUAAUCAAAUUUAUUGUUAUUAAAUUAGGAACAAUUAAUCAAAAUAAUUAUUAUUCCUAACGACUCUCGGUUUUAAUUUGUUUGAAAAUUAUUUCACACUGAUUUUGGCUUUUUCUGGUAGUUUUAAUCCCCAUUCACACGAGCGUUCAAAACAACAAAUGCAUUCCCAAGUACCUUUAUGUUCACACGACAGCGUUUUUAAAACACGACUCUUUUUUUGAACAGCUAUUUUAACGUCAGUUAAAAAAAAACUCUCGUGCAAAUGAGGGCUUAUAGAACAAAUAAUGUAUAGUAUUACUUAUUGUCAUGAUAAUGAUCAAAUUUGACUCUUAAGACUUAGGGAAAUAAUAUACUUAUAAUAAGUUAGUCUCACGCCUUUAGAAUUAACUUCUGUAUUGGGUUAAUUCAUCACUUACAUCUUAUUUUUAGCCAACUUAAAAGAAUAAAAAAAAUUGAACAUAACCGAUAUUUUUUUAGUUUUGUAUUAUUUUAUUUGUAUUGGGCUAGAAUUAUUAAUUGAUUAUUUAUAUUAUUAUGUAUUUGAAAUAAAACUGUUUUUUUAUUUAUUUUAUAAUAAAAUAACAACUGUGGUA